AAUGAGUGAUAACAUAGUCUCAUCAACACAAACCUUUAAUAUUAAGUACAACAAUACUAUCACAUUUUCUUCAACAAGUGGAAUCUCUUCUUCUUCUUCUCAUCAUCAUAAUCAUCAAGAUUAUGGGGUUAUCAAAGAGCAAGAUCGGUUGCUUCCAAUUGCAAAUGUUGGGAGAAUCAUGAAGCAAAUCCUUCCAACAAAUGCAAAGAUCUCAAAGGAAGCAAAGGAGACUAUGCAAGAGUGUGUUUCUGAGUUCAUAAGCUUUGUGACUGGUGAAGCUUCUGACAAGUGUCACAAGGAGAAGCGCAAGACCGUUAAUGGUGAUGAUAUUUGUUGGGCCUUGGCUACUCUAGGGUUUGAUGAUUAUGCUGAGCCACUCAAAAGGUACUUGCAUAAGUUUAGGGAAUUGGAAUGUGAAAAAGCUAAUAAUCAAAAUCAUAAUAAGGUUAUUAAUACUACUAAUAGAAAUAAUAAUAAUCUUAUUGAAAAAUAUAAUAGUUAUGGGGGUGAUGAUGAUGAAGACUAGAAUAAUAGCCAAGAAAAGAAAACAUUACUCCAUAUCUAGGACUAAAGAGAAAGGGUAUCUAUUUGUCACUACUCCAAGCUAAGCUUCUUGUUCUUUUUCUUACUUCAUCUACUUCUCUAAUUUUAAUUUCUAGUAGUUUAAUCUCUUUCUAACUUGUUUAAUUUCAUAUAUCAUUAAUCUAUUAGGUGCUAUAUGGUGUUGUUAAUGUGAAAUCAUGAACAAUAUUAUGUAUAUUUAUGAGCAUGUAUGAAUUUCAGAUCUUUUAA